AUGGUAUUGCUGCUCUGGAGCACCGACGGUGCUGAAGCACUGAUGCACAGAGGCUCUGAAGCACCAAAUGCACCAAGGGAAGCAAAAUGUGCUUACACACUGUUUGUAGUUGCUAUUUACUGGCUAACAGAAGCAAUGCCACUUGCAGUGACUGCUCUCAUCCCAGCCCUGAUGUUUCCUUUGUUUGGCAUUAUGAAAUCCAAAACGGUGGCCUCAUCAUAUUUCAAAGACUUUCAUCUCUUGCUAAUUGGGGUUGUUUGUUUGGCCACAUCGAUUGAAAAGUGGAAUCUGCACAAACGCAUCGCUCUGAGGAUGGUUAUGCUGGUAGGAGUCAACCCAGGAUGGCUUAUGCUGGGGUUCAUGGUCAGUUCUGCCUUCCUGUCUAUGUGGCUUAGUAACACCUCCACUGCUGCCAUGGUGAUGCCAAUAGUUGAGGCUGUUAUUCAGCAGAUUCUAAAUGCUGAAGCUGAGGUUAAUGCUAUUCAGAUGAAUAAUAUGGAAGGAACAUCAAAUUUAGGACUACAACUUGAUGAGGACGACGUAAAACAUGAAAAUAACACAGAAGCAAUAAGCAAUGGAGUUGAACAUAAUACUGCGUGCAAAAUAGAGCUGGAGGAUGUGUCUCCACAAGGAUCGGUGCCUAAACCAGAGAUAGAAGGAAAAUACAUAAGCAAGAAAGAUCAUAUGAUGUGCAAAGGAAUGUCGCUGUGCAUUGCAUAUUCCUGCACCAUUGGAGGAUUGAGCACCAUAACAGGAACAUCCACCAACCUUAUUUUUGCUGAACACUUCAAUAACCGUUACCCAGACUGUCAGUGCAUUAACUUUGGAACCUGGUUUGUUCUCACCUUCCCGAUAACUAUUAUCAUUCUGAUUCUGUCCUGGGUCUGGCUGCACUGGCUUUAUCUUGGCUUCGACUUUUCCGGAAUGUUCAGAUGUGCUAAGGACAAAUCAGAAAAAGAGAAAGCCUCAUCAAAAAUCAUAAACAAUGAAUAUAAAAAACUUGGUCCAGUAAGCAAUCAGGAAAUUGUUACACUUGUUGUAUUUAUCUUAAUGGUGCUGCUUUGGUUUACAAGAGAGCCAGGAUUUGUUCCUGGAUGGUCAUCACUCUUUCCUCAAUACAAGGGUUAUGCAACAGAUGCUACUGCAGCUUUAAUUCUUGGCCUUCUAUUUUUCAUCAUUCCUGCAAACAUGCCAACCAACUCUUCAUUUGGCAAAAAGAAUGAUUUGUCCUACACUACGCUGAUUACGUGGAAGGAAUUCCAGUCCUGCAUGCCCUGGGAAAUUGCUCUCCUUGUGGGCGGUGGGUUUGCACUGGCACAGGGCACUGAGGAUUCUGGACUUUCUGCGUGGGUUGGAAGUAAGCUGACUCCUUUAGGAUCCUUUCCUAUUUGGGUAACCAUUGUAGUGUCUAGCUUAAUUGUAACCAGCGUGACUGAAGUUGCAAGCAAUCCAGCAACUAUCACAAUAUUCCUGCCUAUACUAUCUCCCUUGGCUGAAGCCAUCAGUAUCAAUCCUCUUUAUAUUUUGAUACCAACUACAUUAUGCACAUCAUUUGCAUUCUUGCUGCCAGGGGCAAAUCCACCUAAUGCCAUUGUCUUUACCUAUGGUCACCUACAAGUAAUAGAUAUGGUAAAGGCUGGACUGGGAGUUAACAUCAUUGGAGUUCUUGCUGUCAUGCUGGGUGUAAGAGCAUGGGGAGUCCCUCUUUUUGAUCUGGAGACAUAUCCAUCCUGGGCUCCACCAGAUUUCUCUGCCAACAUGACUGGCCCAUAAAUGCUGAGUGAUACGUAAUGGGGAGCAAGGCAAUGACACUCACAUUUGUGAAGCCAGCAGCAGGACUGUAGUGGCAAAUUAAAAAGUACCGGAGCUGUCCUAAAAAACAAUAAUGUAUGCUACAUUACACUGUGUAACAAAAACAUUUUUUUUUUUGAACAAAACUUGUGUUACAUAGUGUUAUCAGCAGUUAACCUACAUUUUAAGUUUAAUUAAAUUAAACAUCAGCUGUGUCAAAGUACACAUACUAAUGCUACUAGCACUUGAAGUAUAAAGAAAAGCAUAUAACAAUACGUAUUGUGUAUUUUAAUUAAAAAACCAAAUAUACACCCACCCUUUGUUAUAUCACCCCUCGCUAUACUGCAGAAUCGGUUAUGUCGCAGUCCUGGAGCUGGCUCCCCAUUUCUACUGUCUAACUGCGUAAGCCUUAGCGGCAUUAUACAUAGGAACUUGGAAUUACUGAUCGUUUUAUUUUGUACUGCACAUCACAAACAACAAUAAACAAAACAAUUAAAAACAAAUCAUU